AUGAUUGCAUCACCACUAGCAGAGUUACUGUACCGAUCACCACUAGCAGAGUUACUGUACCGGUCACCACUAGCAGAGUUACUGUACCGAUCACCACUAGCAGAGUUACUGUACCGAUCACCACUAGCAGAGUUACUGUACCGAUCACCACUAGCAGAGUUACUGUACCGAUCACCACUAGCAGAGUUACUGUACCGAUCACCACUAGCAGAGUUACUGUACCGAUCACCACUAGCAGAGUUACUGUACCGAUCACCACUAGCAGAGAUACUGUACCGAUCACCACUAGCAGAGUUACUGUACCGAUCACCACUAGCAGAGUUACUGUACCGAUCACCACUAGCAGAGUUACUGUACCGAUCACCACUAGCAGAGUUACUGUACCGAUCACCACUAGCAGAGUUACUGUACCGAUCACCACUAGCAGAGUUACUGUACCGAUCACCACUAGCAGAGUUACUGUACCGAUCACCACUAGCAGAGAUACUGUACCGAUCACCACUAGCAGAGUUACUGUACCGAUCACCACUAGCAGAGUUACUGUACCGAUCACCACUAGCAGAGUUACUGUACCGAUCACCACUAGCAGAGUUACUGUACCGAUCACCACUAGCAGAGAUACUGUACCGAUCACCACUAGCAGAGUUACUGUACCGAUCACCACUAGCAGAGUUACUGUACCGAUCACCACUAGCAGAGUUACUGUACCGAUCACCACUAGCAGAGUUACUGUACCGAUCACCACUAGCAGAGUUACUGUACCGAUCACCACUAUAG